AUGGAUAAGUAUGAAAAAAUUAAAAAAAUUGGUGAAGGUUCUUAUGGACAAGUUUUUAAAUGUCGAAAUAAAGAUACAGGUGAAACAGUAGCUAUUAAAAAAUUUAUUGAAUCUGAUGAUGAUCCAGCAAUAAAACGUAUUGCUAUGCGAGAAAUUCGAAUGUUAAAACAUUUGAAACAUGAAAACCUGGUGAAUCUCAUUGAAGUAUUUAAAACAAAACGAAAACAUAAACUUCAUUUGGUAUUUGAAUAUUGCGAUAGAACUGUUCUUGAUGAACUUGAAUCACAUCGAAAUGGCGUACCGGAAGCGAUGAUUAAAAAAAUUACAUAUCAAGUAUUGAAUGCCGUAGAGUUUUGUCAUCGACAUAAUUGUAUUCAUCGUGCUCAACAACUUGAGAUGACUGAUUAUGUGGCUACAAGAUGGUAUCGUGCACCAGAAUUACUAGUCGGAGAUCGACAAUAUGGUACAGCUGUUGAUGUUUGGGCUAUUGGAUGUGUCUUUUGUGAACUAUAUUCGGGAGUGCCAUUAUGGCCAGGUAAAUCGGAUGUAGAUCAACUUUAUUUAAUUCGUAAAACUCUUGGUAAUCUCAUUGAUAAGCAUGUAGCCAUUUUAAAAAGUAAUCCUCAUUAUAAAAAUGUACACAUUCCUGAACCUGAUACAAUCGAACCAUUAGAACAAAAAUUUCCAUAUGUAUCUGAACGAAGUCUUGAUUUUAUGAAAAGUUGUUUGGUAAUGGAUCCUGAAAAACGUUUAACAUGUGGUCAACUUUCACAACAUCCAUAUUUUGAUGGUUUUACUAAUGAAUUUGAACGUGAAAGAAAAGAACAACAAAAACAUUUACAUCGUGAACAACAAAAAAUAUUACAACAACAAGCAAAAAUUCAAAAUAAUGUUUAUGGUGCUGGUACAAAACAACAAAAUCAAGGACAUUUUCCAUCCCUUUCUCGCAAUCAAGAUCACGAUGGAAAUAAUACACCGGCGUCCGAUGAUCGUGGUGGACGCAAUUUUCAUUUACCCAAUAUUUGUAUGAGGAAAUUUUCCCGAGCACAAUAUUCUAAUGUUCAUUCAACAUCAAAUAAUCCCGGAGACUAUUUAAGACCAAGUCGACUUGAAAUUUAUCUUGAUCCUGAUCAACGUAUAAAUGUCAAUAAAACACGAUUUGGCAAUGCUCAACAUCCAAGUGUACCAACAACAAGUGUUAUUAAUGAUCCAGAUUUAUCAAUAAAACCAUCACCACAAACAAAACGUUUAGCAUAUGGAGAAAAUUAUACACAUUUACCAAAUAUAUAA